UCUUUUUUCAAUAUCCAAAUUCCCUAGUCGAAGAAAAAAUAAUCUCUAGAUAAACAUUUGUGAAAAGAAGACACGCGAUGGAAAGCAUAAAUAUUUACAUUUCUUGAGUGUUUGUGAGAAUAAUUUUUAUUUAUAAUCAUGAUAGACGGCAAUAUUUCCAUGGAGGAGGAUACCGAAUUACGAGAUUUAGUGGUACAAACCCUUGAGAAUAAUGGUGUCCUUGCAAAAGUGCGGGCAGAACUCAGGGCAAGUGUGUUUUUAGCUCUAGAAGAACAGGAAUCAGUUAUGAAUCCGGAACCACUUCUCAAUAAAACUGUAAAGCAGUACCUGGCUAAUUCAGAAGGAAAAUUGUUGUUUUCCUUAGUUAGGGAGUUCCUAGAAUAUUUUGGUCUUGAUUAUACAAUAUCUGUAUAUGAUCCAGAAACCUACUUUGGAAAAGAAUAUAAUUAUGUUGGAAGAAAUAAGCUAUGUGAAGAAUUAGGUAUUGAAUCUAAUGAGCCAUUACUUGGAGAAAUUUUAAAGAAUAGCAUGAACAGUGCCUUUAAUAAUACACAAAAGAAUGAAACUAAUGAUAGCAGAUUUAACAAAACAGAUGAAACUGCUGCAAAUAAUGCUAAUGCAACGUUUGACAUUUCCAUUCCAAAAGUAUUACAUACUGAAACUGAAUCAUUAUCAAAUGAUAAUGAUGUUUCAGAUAAAAUAGAGAGUGUUUCGCAACAAAGCCCAAAAGUUCCGAUAAAUGUGACAAUAACGGAUAAAAAAAAUGAGGAAACAUCGAUCGAUGUCUCGACUGACGAAUCAAAUUGUGAAAAACUAAACGAUCAUCUCAGGAAUAGUACAACUUCGGAAUACAAUGAGAAGAAUAGCGGAAUUGAUAACAAAGGGAACAAUAAUAUACAUUUUGAUACUCUCCCUACAAGUCAAAAUGGCACAAGUAUAGUGAUGAAUCAUAUAGAAAAGGAGACUGAAUUAAACACAUCCAUCCAAACAAAUUUACUAAAUAAAACCGAGCCUUUAAUUAAGUUUGAUGAAUCUAUAGUUACUGAAGUGCAAACAAAUCAAAAUGAGAAUAUAAGUAAGCAAAAUAAUAUAAAUAGUUUGGAACUACAAAUAGCGAAUAAUGUACAAAAUAAAAAGUCAGUUAAUACUGGAAGCAGUUUUGGCAAAACUGUAUACUUUGAUGAAAUUAUUGUUGAUGGAAAGAAAGAAAAUAUCAAUGAUAUAUGUAACACAGAAACCUUUUUACAAGAUUUACCGUCGUUAGAUAAAAAACCUCAUUCUAUACUUAGUGAUCUCCCACCAUUGAAUGGUAAAAAAACUAAUAUUAGUGAUCUGAAAGAAUUGAUGGAUAUCGGACUUGGAACUGAUGGUACAGAUAACUAUGAAGAAGAUUUUGUUUCAUCUGCAUCUGGUAGUGCUUAUGAUCAAAGUCCUUCUAAAGACAAUGAAAAAACAGAUAGCCUAAUAAAAUUACAAACAAAAGAUCAGGAUAAAAUUCAGAGUGUCCAUAGCGAGGAUAUAAGUGAAGAAAUCGAAGAUAUGGAUGAUAUACUCAGCAGUACAUCAUGUCUUGAGGAUAUAAAUAUGGAUAAAAAUAUAUUAAGUUUUGCAACGGGUAUCACGGCAAAUUGUGCGAAAGAACUAUAACUAUAAAUUACAUCAUUACAGAGUUUCUGUAAGAGCUUUAAGAUGCUAUUUCUUUAACAGAAUUGAAAUUUGAUAUCCUAUAAUAGGGCAACAAGUAUAUUAAUGCAAAUUGCUGUGAAUUCAUGAAUUUGCAGAAUUUAUUUUGGUUUCUGACAUGGCACUGCCAUUUAUGGCUCAAUACUUAUAAGUUUCCAUAUAAGGAACGUAGAAGGAAAAUGUCUGAACAUAUAUUUAUCAGCGGUUAUAUUUUUCGUACUUUAUAGCACGUUUCUUGAUAGAAACAUAUUUUUAUAAAUGGUAAAUUUUAUUUUAGCAGUAUUUAAAAGUGACAGUCUUUACAUACUUAAUAGAUUUAAUAUUGUGUUUUUAACUCUUUUAUGAAAAUUUUAUAAAAGUUUUAUGGAAAGAAACCAAGCACUGUAAAAUAAAUUAAACUGCCAUUGUUCUCUACAGAAAGAUAUUUAUAAAGUUUUUUAAUAAUUUAAAGUGAAAAAGAUCUGAAAGUUUCAAGAAAAAUUUUGCAUCAAAGCAUAAAUUAUAUGUAUAUUAUUAAGCAUUGUAAGCAUCACUUUGUGAAUUAGAGAAUAGUUAUUUAAGCAUCAAAAAAUUGCAUUACAUAAAAAUUGGAGAAUAACAUUUAAUCAAGUUAAAUACUUAAUGUUUCAAUUUGGAAUACGUAAAUGCAUUUUUCUGUUAACAGUUCUAUGGUGUAUUGUUAACAAAAUUAUAAUAUUAAGAUUUUUUUACUAUAACCAUUUUCAGACAAACCGCCUUCUACGUUAUUCUAUAAAUACGCCUAGUAUUAUUACUAUUAAAGCCAAUUAUCUCAAUGUUAACAUACUUUAAGAAGCGAAAAAUUGAUCAGUUGAAUUAAUUGUUGUUGAACACUUAGUUAUAUUUUUCACAAAAUUUUUUACCAUUAUGUUGUGUUUAUUAGAAAUGAUUCCUGUGUCUGAUUUUACGACUGAAACGUCAUUAAUUACCUCAUUUAACUAAUGUUACUGGUAUAGUAUUGAUAGCAAUAUCAAUAAAUCAUCCGUCUAAAAAUGGAUUGCCUAAAAAAUGCAUCAAAUUAUUUUUUUCAAAGACAAUGGUGCUAAAUGCAUAAAUUUAAAGUUACUUAUAAAGGUUGAAGUUACUCAAUGGAAAUUAGGUGCUAGUUUUUUUCUUGCAUCUAAAAUUUGUAAUACUUAAAGAACUAAUGCAUUAACUGCAAUAAACUAAGUAAUUCAGUUUUAUUUUUUGGGCAAUCCAGUACCUUGAUAAACAUAUUAAUAUAAUAUUACUAUGUCCCAUAUAAGAUGCAAUAACUAAGUACAAUUCACAAUGAAUCAACUGGAUGCUUGACAAAUCAAAAUCUGUAACAAAUGUACAGCCUGCUUCUUUCACAAAACUUUUUAGUAGCACAUAAAUAAUGUAAUAUCAAUAGGAAAUACUGUAAAUGAUUCAAACAAAGAAAUUUCAUAGUCUAGCAACAUUUUCUGAUAUUUUAACUAAGAAGAUAAUUCUUAUUCAUAAAUUUUACUAUGCAAAAUAUUUUUUGCAAUAACUGAUUAGUAAUUUCCAAUUUUAGUCAUAAUAAUAAUAAUGUUGUGUUUAAUACAGCAGGAUUGUAUUUAUUUAGUAUUCAUAAAAUAUCAUUUUUUACUUUAUACUUAUUUUUAAAUUAUAAUUUUUGCAAAAUCAUUUGUUUAUUUAAAUCAUUGAAUACAUUAUCAGUGAAGUAAAAGAAAUGACAGAAUUUGGAAUUUUUGCUUAUGUAGCAUCAAUUAUAUACCUAGAGUGAUGAAAUCACUUAGUUUGAAUCAACUUUUAUCUCUGUGUAUAUAUUAAAGCAGGUGUGUUCCUGACCAAUCAACGUGGUUACAUUUUAGCACCAAUAUAAUAUAUAAUUUUUUAAAGCAAUUUCAGGAUAAUACUGAACAUUCCUAAACUUUAUAGAAUGUAAAACAUAGAUACAUUCCAUUGUUAUUAAGAUUAUUGCAUUUUUGUUGUAUUGUUAGCAUUAGCAGAAAAUUUAAACAAUAAGUAUUUUUCAUGGUAAAAUAUGAGCGCGCACGAGAGAGAGAGAGAGAGAGAGAAAGAGAAUAAUUUAACAAACGUUUUACAACUAUCAUGAUACAUUAAUAAAUUUUAUUUUACAUUUUUAUAAAGCUAGAAAGUGUUUCUGUAAGCAUUUCCAUUGCAAGGUAUACAUACAUUUUUAUACGAAAAUUGUUUCAAAAAUAGAUUGCAACCAAUCCUAAGUUGCUUGAUAUAUAAUUCUGUGUACAUUUUAUCAGAUACAGAAGUCUUGUUACAUAUAUACAUAUUUUUUGUUUAAAAAUAUGUAAAAUGUACAUACACAAUAUGUUAUAAGUAUGAAACUUUUUAUCUUAUAUGCCAAACAUAUAAGUAAAUGCAGUACAAAAAAAGUUGGGAAUAUAUUUUUUCAGAUCAGAAAGGUUAACAAAUUUGUUUUUUGAUAUAGAUAUAUAUAUCUUUAAAACUGUUUUUAUAGUAAGAAAGAUACCAUUAAUGACUAAUAACAUCAAUUUGUUAUGUUACAAAAAUGUCUGUAUUAAUCUGUACAUAUACACAUAAUGAAUGGCAUUUGAUUUGUUGGUAUUCAAUUUAAUCAUAGAUUUUGCAAAUGCUGGUAUAAAAUAGUUAUAAUUAUUGUUAUUUACUAAUUUAUAAUACCAGAUCGAAUGGAUGAAGUAUUAAUGAAUUACUCACAAUAUUUUUUCAUACAGCCCUAGAAAUUUACUUUUGUAACCACGUUGAAAUAUUGGUAGCUAUAUUGUGCCUUUUAGUGUGUACGAAUAAAAAACAAUGCAAAUGCA